GGCAGGGGCGGAAGUGACGUUGCGCGGGGCGGGUCCGGCCGCGCACAAUGGGCCAUGGAGUUCCCGUUCGAUGUGGACGCGCUGCUCCCGGAGCGGAUCACCGUGCUGGACCAGCACCUGCGGCCCCCGGCCCGCCGACCCGGAACCACUACGCCGGCCCGUGUGGAUCUGCAGCAGCAAAUCAUGACCAUUGUAGAUGAACUGGGCAAGGCCUCUGCCAAGGCCCAGCAUCUUCCUGCUCCCAUCACCAGUGCAUCGAGGAUGCAGAGUAACCGCCAUGUCAUUUAUGUGCUAAAAGACACUUCUGCCCGACCGGCAGGGAAAGGAGCCAUUAUUGGUUUCCUCAAAGUUGGAUACAAGAAGCUCUUUGUACUGGAUGACCGUGAGGCUCACAAUGAAGUAGAACCACUAUGCAUUCUGGACUUUUAUAUCCACGAGUCAGUGCAACGUCAUGGCCACGGCCAAGAGCUCUUCCAUUACAUGCUGCAGAAGGAGCGAGUUGAACCACACCAGCUGGCCAUUGACAGGCCAUCACCAAAGCUGCUGAAGUUCCUGAAUAAGCACUACAACUUGGAGACCACUGUCCCACAGGUGAACAACUUUGUGAUCUUUGAAGGCUUCUUUGCCCAUCAACAUCGGCCCCCUGCUCCCUCCCUGAGGGCAACUCGACAUUCCCGCGCUGCUGCGGCUGACCCCACGCCUGCUGCUCCAGCAAGGAAGCUGCCACCCAAGAGGGCAGAGGGAGAUAUUAAGCCAUAUUCCUCCAGUGACCGAGAAUUUCUGAAGGUGGCAGUGGAGCCCCCUUGGCCCUUGAACAGGGCCCCUCGCCGUGCCACACCUCCAGCCCACCCACCGCCACGCUCCAGUAGUCUGGGAAACUCGCCAGAUCGGGGUCCCCUCCGGCCCUUCGUGCCAGAACAGGAGCUGCUGCGUUCCCUGCGCCUCUGCCCCCCACACCCUACUGCCCGCCUUCUGCUGGCCACUGACCCUGGGGGCAGCCCGGCACAACGUCGCCGCACCAGCUCCCUUCCCCGCUCUGAUGAGAGUCGAUACUGACAGCUACCCUCUUCCCUCCUUGGGAAACCUGGGAUGGGCAGAGAUCCCCUCUCCCUGAACCUGUAGCCCACUCUUCCAUUAAGAUUCCUUCCCAUUUCUUAGACAACUGGGUUGUCAGGGUUCUAAAUAACCCAAUACUUUGUAGCUUUUCUUAACCACAGAAGGCGCCCUGCACAGACCUGGGCUCUGAAUACUCUUACAGUAGACAGUCCACUCUGCUGCCAGAACCCCUGGUGGGUGGCCCCUAGUGACUCUCUAGAGAAGCACAUUCUUUGCAUACGGUCAGACUCCAGACCACCAUGGAAGGCCCGAAGGCCUCCUCUGCCAGAGAAACCUUUUAAGGAGUCCUGUCCCUGGAGAAUUCCCUCCACGGUGCCCACUGGUAGCUCUAAUCCUGCAUCCUGCUGCCCAACACACCUCCCCUUUCUGCCUGCUAAUUCCAGCCUGUGAGCAGGCCCUGCUUCAGAGCAGUCCAGGCAGGGGGACAGGGCCCUGCCCACCCUAGUGGGGUCCUCUCAACAUUGCCAAACUUAUUUUCCAUGUAUUGUGUAUAUGUGUCAGGGAAUCUCCAAAUUAAUGUUGUUUUGGGGGUCUCUACAGGAGACUCCGAGGUACCACUUCCCCCAGAGUCUCUGAAGGAGUCUGUUACUUGGCAGUAGAUCCCAGCAAGCACUCUGGGAUGACUCUUAGCUAUAUCUCUGAAGAUCAACCUGAGUCUCAAGAAUCCAUUAGAUUCUGGAAUCUCCUUUGACACCCCUCCCUCCUUAGUAAAUAAGAUUAUUCCUGUUUUGUGAGGUCGUCUGAGAUGAGAUGGGACCACCUCUGCCGCCCUGCCUUUCCUUACUUCCUCCGUAGCAAGAGCCUCCUUCCCUGCUCCAUGUCUAGGGUUUAGCAAGGUCCUUCCCCGCACCCCCUGAAAGGCAGAUCAGGCACCCCACUGUUUCAAGUCCUUGGGAGCAGGACCUCCCUCCUCCCCACCUACGCCUUCCUUCUCCCUCAGUGUUGUCUCAAUAAAAUGUGUAUUCUUUUGUGUUUUCUAAUUGACAUUUUCAAUGAAAAACAGCUGAAGGCGUGAGCCUCAUUUCUGCGUCACCCUCAUCCCCUGGGGUCUCAGUACCUCUGCUGGGUGUUCAGAUCUGAGCAGAGCUCACAGCUCCUGUUGAGAUCCGCCCCUCGUCAUCUUCCUUGUCAGUGGUUCUCUUCUGGAGCUGUGGCAGCCCUGUGCAGGCCUCUGUCCACUCCUUCACCCCUCGGAAACCUUCAGCUCUCCCCCAGUGACUUCUGCCCUUGGCCUGUCUAGAGCCCUUGAUGAGGUGUUAAGAUUUGCUGGCAUCUUGGGAUUUGCUUACUUACUAGACUGUUCUGGAUUCCUCUCCC